AAAGACGCGUUCUGUUAACAACAAAAUGAAAUUUUAAGCAAUUGAAAUGGAAAUUGUUGAGGAAACGGACGAGGAUGCAAAGCUGCGCCAUUUUAUUGAGACCAUAGACAUUGAAAGUGAUGUUUUUGACUACUUGAAGAAUGCCGGCAUAUGCUGUAGGCACUUGCAGUAUUUAACAGCUGAUGAUAUUAAGGAUGCCAUACAGCCCAUAGGAUUGCGCGCUGAAUUUAGAGAGAAGCUCUUUGCCUACAAGAGAUCUGGUCAAUUGGAUGCUUGGAAGGCACCCACAAGAGUUACAGACUGGCUGCGCACCUGCAUGUCGCCUUCCAGCAGCUCCGAAAGACCCAAUCUGGUGGCGCAAGUGCUCGACAAGAGUCUUAGAGUUCUAUUCAGUGAGACAAGCAAGGGCAAAAGGAUUAUGACACAUGCUAACAAAUAUGGGGUUAUCAGCAAAACGCAGCGCAAUGAACUUGUAGAAAUUAUAAUGGAUUAUGUGACGGAACAUAAUCUGCAAUUGGGCGCCAAGAAUUGCCAUCAGCUCUUUGAUGAAAUCUGUCAGGUGUUUCCAAGUGAAGUUGAAUGGAAGGACUUUUAUUAUAUACCACGCAAAGGUAGAAGCAACACAGGUGGACGACUCUUUGUGCGUUACAAGAACAUUGUAAGCAAGCGACGCCAUAGCAUGAAGUUCAGCAAAGGCAGCAGCAGCAAAUCCUCAUCACCAGCAGCCACUGAAGACAACUAUUGGUUGGACGACAACAAGCUCUAUGCAUUUAAAUUGUGCUUGAGUGUGGAGAACAAUGAAAAUGAGGACUGGCAUGAUGUAUGCGAGAAAUGGACAGAGACGUUUCCACUGCGUCAAAGAGAACUCAAGCAAAGGCAUAAAGAAGUAUUUCUCUUGGGCUGGCCAAAGCUGCGGCAUGAGAAGUUUAUGGAGCUGAUCAACAUUGAUUUUGAGCAUAUGCAUUGUUUCAAGAAUCAGCUGCUGCAUAGCAAAUGGCCAGAAUUCAAAUUGAAAAUAUGUCAGCACUAUAAACAAAUUGCACAUAAGCCGCCUUUUAAGGCAUUAUUUGAACACGCUGUUAAAAGCAAGGAUAUGGCUGUGCAGGAUUAUAUGUACGCCAUACUUUUGUUAUUCGUUUUGCCAGCUACGGCGCGUUUUGUAAAUGAAACAGGCAAAACUAGUCGCCGUGUUUCUGUUUCUGAAUCACAGGAAAGUUUUGUGCUGCAUGUCAACAGCAUUGAUGAGCAUGAGGAGCUAAUGGCGGCUAUGAAAAAGAAAUGGUUUGCACAGGACUUGACCAUACAGCCUUGUCUCAUUGUAGAGGGUUCCACCGAUAUGGAUAUGGAUAUAAAUACGUACUAUGUGCAUUUUAAUAGUCGACUUACCAAAAUGAGCUCCUUUCUGGACAGCUUGGAUUUGUGUUUUAAGAUAUUUCAAGUGCUGCAUAUUCCGUAUCCCAAGGCGUGUUUUGAAGUUUGGCUUUUCAUACAAAAAUAUUUCUAUGAAAUUGAUGCAGAAGCUGAUUGCAAAUCCUCAAAUAUAACAGCACUAAUUGCAAUUCUGGAUGGUAUUAACAUAAGCAUAUAGAGUUUAAGCUAACAAGUUUAUAUAAUUUAUAUAGUUAAUGUAUUUAUAAAUGUUUAGUCAA